CCGCCCUCACCCCUUUGCUCCCCCGCACGACGACGACGGCGCGAUAUACACCCGGCGCCCGGCGCUGCGCCGGUCUUCUAGCUCUACUCUAUCCGGAUCCGGGCUCGGUCGCCCGCACCCAUCAGCGGUCGGCCAUGAAACCCCCCGCGGACCCCGCGCCCGCGCGUCUAUGGGCAGCCUUCGCCAUCGCUUUUGGGGAACCCGGUCUCCGCAUCGCCCCAUAGAUGGGGAUGCACAGGAGGAAGAGGAGGUGCCGAAACCGAUCACCACCCGAUGCGGCGCGCCGUGCGCGGGCGAGACCGAGACAGACACGGAUGGGGAGACGCUGUUGCCCAGAAGGGCAGGGAGGUUGCCGAACGUGCGGAACGUGCCGCGCGCGCCACCGCUCGUUCCGCCGCGGGCAUACCAGCGUAUGACCCCGCUUUUGUUCGAGGCCGCGCGGCUGCUGAGCAUCGUACCCGCCAUCUUCGGCUCGCUUUGGAAUGUGUACCACGCGUGGGACCUCCCGGACGACCCGCGCUUGUGGAGGGUGGACUACCUUGUCGCCGUGCUGUGGUGCGUCCUCACCGGAUGGCAGUGCCUCCGACUGACGACGGGCCUGCUCACCCGCUGGCGCGUGUAUUACACCCCGCUCUCGACUCUCAUCCGCCUACUCGCGCUGCAAGCCAUCUGCUGGCCCGCGACGAACUUCACGCUGACCGCGUUCGGGUACGAGAAACGGCCGGUCGUGUGCUGGGCGAUCGUGGGCACGACGACGUGCUGCAGCCGCGCGAUCCAGAUGUGGGUCACCUCCAACCUCGUCUCGUCGUCGUCCGCGCACCGGCGGCCGCCGCUACCCCCGCGCCGGUCGAGCAACAGCGCCGUACCCCUCCACGCGCACGCCCACGCCUCCAAUUCGUACUCCGGCCCGAGUUCUCUGGGAUCGCCCCCGCCGUACUCGGCGUCGACCCCGGCGCUGCCGACGAUGUACCCCAGCGCGCCGUCGUCGGCCGCGCCCUCGCAUUCGACCACAGCGAGGAGGCAGGAGGGGUGGCUGGACGGCGUGCUCGACGCGCUCGUGGGCGCCGACGUGAUGGACGACGUGGAUAUGCUGCCGAGCCCGCGCAGGGGCGGAAGGAGGUGGGACUGGCGGGCGGUCGGGAUACGGUGCGCGUUGCCGGCCGGCGCGGUAUAUUUCGUGAUGGCGUGGGCUGAGGCGAUCAGGAGGGAGUGGGCCGGAUGCUGAUCCCUUUUUUUUUGCCUUUUUUUUUUGCUCUGCUCACUGACUCUUGGGCGCUGCAUCGUCGUUUCUUUUUUUGCUGUCGUUGGCCGGAGCACUUCGUUCUCAAGGGACACUCGUCACAUUCACGACUUCCUUAGUUACUCUCUCAUCCUCCUGCACGCACGCUACCAUAUUA